GUCCCCCCCCGGAUUCAACCCCGGCAAAUUUCACGCUGACUUUCGUUUUCCCCCCUCAUUUUCAAGUCAUAAUGCUAUGAAGGAAAUGUAUCUGCUUGUACCGUUGAGGUUCAAACCCUAUGGGCGUUCAACAUGGCAAGAUCUCCGCAACCCGCCGCGUCGCGACGAAGGAAGCGUGACUCCACCACGCAGUCGGUCGAUUUUUUGAACACCGUGAUGCACAAGACCUUUCUCUCCAAAUCAAACAUCAACUCUCCGAAUACUCCUACACGCCGCUCACGUCGCAUCACUCUAGCACAGAUCCGACCGUCUCAUGAGGACCUGUGGGAGAUUCCGCGAUCCCCUGAAUUGGCCCCGGCGUCGGAGCCCCGACGCCGACUCCCAGCGAAUCUCCCCACCGCGCAACCAUCGUGGAAAAAUCGACUGCGAGGCACUUCAGUGCCCGAAUAUGGCAGCGGAGUGCUUGCGUCCGGGAGGAAAGAGCAACAGAAUGGCGGGGUUGCGGAAGGCGAUAGCGGGGAAGGAAGUGAGGAUGCUUACGACAAUGCUGAGGAAGAUGAAGAUGCGAAUGUUCUUGCAGACAUUGGCGACGAGGAAGCCCAUAGGUCCGACGAUGACACCGAGAUGAUUGAUUUCCAAGAGGAGGGAUCCAUGGAAGACGAUCCACCUCAGUUGAAUCUUUUCUCCGAUAAUGAUCAAGAGCUUGGACCUGCACAGCAUACUUCCCGUUCGUCGUCCGUGGCAGAUGACGAUGGGUCGCAGCUACAAUCAGUGAAAGGACUGGCGACGCCGAGUAGUGCUCACUCACAUCUAGCCGAAGACAUGGAUCUUUCUGGCGAUGAGCAAGAGCAUGCCUCCGAAGCAUCGGACAGUAGCCAGCGCCAAUCCACAAGUCCAUUUUCUCAGGCUGGAAGCGAUAAUGAUGAAGAAAUGGAAAGCUUGUCAAUUGAAGCAUUGGGCGAUGACAACUCAGAUACUAUGGGUCAGACUUCUCGACGAGGAAAGGCUUCGAUACCAGUGGAAAAGGGCCUCAGUCCCAAGUGCCUGGGCGAAACAGAGCGAAGAAGAACACGAGCAACAGAAACAGCACUUCCCAGCAACUCGCGAAGCCUUCUUGUCGGAUUAUCAGCCUCAGGUCGAAAAGAGCCACCGCUGGGACGAUCAAGCAAGUUGGCAACUACAAGAUACCAAGGUGGAGCAGAUCUAUCGCGCCAUUUACGGACUCGCAAUCAAACUCGAACAAUUCAAGACAUGCCUGAUGAAACCCGUGAAGAAUCCACAGACGAUGCACACAGCCCCACUGAUUCAAGUGAUAGCCGCAAUGACUCGGGCGGCUCUGGCGUGCAUUCUGCUGAGGCCGAACCGUCCCCGAUUGUAACCCCAAGAAAACGGAGACGGACCGCUGUCCCGUCCCCAACCGUGCAAGCACCCCCGUCCCGCCCACAGGCAGAUGUAGCACAGCCGACUCCUGGAUCACCACAUUCGGGACGCACUGAUUCUGAAAGUGAUCAACAUCCGCAGAGUGAAUCCAAUGAAAAUAGCAGUUCCAGCCAGAGCUCGGACGAGGAAUCGGAUUCCCUAGCGGACAGCCCGUGGUUCGUGAAAGCGUCCGAGGCGGAUGGCCAAAAGGAAAGUUGGAAGGCUAUCAUCAGGCAAGGUCGGAAAUCGACGCGACUGAGUCAGUCAUACAGAACUACUGAGCUCGACUCGAUCCGAAAACCGAUCUGGUCGAUGAUCGCGCUCUACAACAACCUCGUAGAACGCUCCGAGGGUGGCGAAGGGCCCUCUGACAAUGAAGUCUCACAUUGCGGUCGACUCCUGAGGAAGGCCAACGAGAAGCACGAAAAGCUGCUCCAGAAGGUUUUUAAUCUGGGCAAGGCAGGUAGUACCCGGGCCGACAAGAAGCAGGGUGUGGCCCUGGUGCGGGCCUUCUACAGAGAGAUAAUCCCGCCUAUGGCGCGGGUUGUGUUCCUCUGCUAUGAGAUCUACCACAUACACGAGAAUCUCUUCAGCGAGGCGUAUGGUAACCUUCAUGAUCAUCUGACUACGCUUGCCGAGUGGGCUCAAUGGGUUGACUCGAUCUCUGGCUAUCUGGGCGAUGAACCGAGCUGCGUUGAGUCGGGCCUUCGUCGCGCCCUCGAAAAGCUCGUCCAGGCUAUGAAUUAUGGCCUAGUGAAGAAAGCGCCACGACACAAGCCCCCCGCGAAAAAGAAAGGGCCGCCACGGGGGAACCUGACCCCAUGGACGCAGGACGAAGAGGAUGCUCUUCGCCAGGGACUGCAGGAAUAUCCCGAGAAGUCGAGCAACCGGUAUAAGUUGAUCAUGGGGGAUUUUCGGCGGCGGCUCUCGAAGCGCGGGAUCAUUGAUCUUCGCAAGAAAGCUCAGGAAAUGUAUGAGAAGUACAUGUCGGAGAUCGGAGAGGAGUUGACGACGGAGGAGGGUCGGAACAAAUGGGAGUGGGUGACAAACAUCCCAGGUUCGCGGUAA